AUGGAGAACCAGCAGCAAGAAUCGUUCAAGCUACUACGAACACCGUGUGUUGAGCUUAGCUCAAAAGGGCUUGCUUUCCGUGCGAAUCAGGCAUCAGCUUCAGAAGUUCUACGAGCCCUCAAUCCCCUACAUGAUGCCUUACAGAAGCUUUCAGAGAACAAUGCGCUCGACGAGAAACUUGCAGAAUAUGCGUUCUUCCCACUCACGCAUAUCUUCAAUCAGACACAAAAACUUCCGGCACGGUGUGUGGAGCUAGCGAUACAGUGUUUGAAGACAUUGGUUCUUCACGGAUGGCGACAGAGGUUGUCACCAGAAUUGGGCAAGCAGUUGAUUAUACUGCUCACGUUGAUCGUCGGUGGACCCCAAGUGACUGAGAAGUCCCAAACCAAGACCCAAGCACCGGAAGAACUCUCCAUUGCGGGAUUUGAUUGUCUGUGUGUCGUAUUCAACGUUUUGGAUAGCCCACUAUCGGCACGGACCAUCUUCCAUGAGAUCGGCACAGCUACAGUUGUCGACCAGAUAGUUUAUCUUUUGCUGGAAGGGAUAAUGGACGAUAGAUCGCAGGAAGUGUCCAUUGCAGCUGGCAAAGCUCUACUUGCUCUUCUUAACCGAGUCCAGGAUCGUGUGGUACUAGCAAGUGUCAUGCCGCGAACGAUCUCUGCAUUGGCCAAAGUUGUCAAACCUACUACCCAGACUCGGCGCCCAUACAAGCUACUAGAGUCUUGCCUCCAAGCUUUGACAUAUCUACUGAAGAAUGUACUCAGUGAUAGUGUUGUUACUGAGAAAAACGCCCCGACCUCAUCAAACCCUAAUUCGCUCGUCCUAGACGAAUCAUGGCUGAAGGCCACUACGACACAAAUUAAGCUUGCAUUGGCUAAUAUCAUCCAAAUCCGGCGCCAUCAGCGUCGUGAAGUUCAGGCUGCACUGAUGGAACUCUGUAUGAUGAUUAUUCAGCAUUGUCCAGUCACACUCAAGGACUCUGUUCGAUUCAUGGUGGAAACAGUGGUGGUCCUAGUUGAUGCUGAUAUGGAAGACGAAAGAUCUAAGGAAUCUUACCAGAUCCUUCUGUAUCUCGCAACUACAUAUCCCGAAGUUGUGUAUCAUCUCGGUGAAUCGCUACACUCAUGGCUUGUCUCCUUCCCACGAUACAUGCAAAGCAACGAUGAAACUCUCAAGCAAAGGGGAAUUAGACAAAUUUCAACCGCUUACCAAGUAAUAUCUACGGUCCAAUCGCACCCAGGGCUGCUCACAAAUGAGUUGGCUUCUAGUCUAUGUGAUAGUGUUAGUGCUGUGGUGAAGCUCAAAGCCAACGCACUCCAGCCACUCAGUUCCACAGGGUUGGCACAUUUAGAUAUCGAAGUAUUCGGGUCUCAGUCAAAUCCAUCCCUCAACUUCGCACCCAUUCUUCUGGAUCACCGGAGCGACCAGCAAACUUUGAGAGACUUACAAUCCAUGAUCGUUAAGCUGAACUCGUCUGAGUCUGGAAAUGCUGUUACCCGUCAUGUUGUCGAUCGUGUGCAUCCGAAGCCAGAUGAAUCUGCUAUUGGCCCCUUCUGGCUAGCUGUAACAUCUCUGCGCGCACAGGCACAAUCCACCGCUGAUUUCGAUGAUUUUAUUGAAGCCGAUCAUAUAGAAGAGGGAUUUUCUGGCUUAAGUCGAGCUAAGCUGAUUGAUGAGCUUUACUACACCUCUUUGAUGAUCCUGACGGACCCAGCAACUGAAGAAUCUGGCGAUUGGCGGAUAUCAGCACUGGCUUUGGAGGCUUUCGCUCUCCAGGGUCAACAACUUGGUGAAGCUUUUCGGCCUGAGCUCAUGGAGGCUCUCUACCCCACCCUACAGCUUCUCGCGUCCAACAAUCCUGUCCUCCAACGACAUGCCAUGACCUGUCUGAACAUCCUGACUAGAGCUUGUAAGUACCCUGAUACCAGCACUAUGAUUAUUGAAAACGUCGAUUACCUGGUAAACUCAGUUUCAAUGAAACUGCUUACCUUUGAUGUGUCACCUUACCCACCCAGCGUCCUCUUCAUGAUGACCAAGCUCUGUGGGGCACGUCUUAUUCCAUAUUUAGACGAUGUGAUUGAUGCCAUAUUUGGUAUUGUGGAUUUACACCACGGCUAUCCGAAGUUAACAGAGAUGCUUUUCAAGGCACUUGGAGCCAUUGUUGAAGAAGGCUCCAAGAAGCAAUCGGUCCUGACAAUCGACGAAGGUCGGGAGAGUGGUCCGCAAGACUUCCGCAAAACUCAGUACCAGCCGCUGUCAAUGGCUGCCGUAGCCGCCGAUAUUGCAAAGCGCAGAGCGAAGCGGGAUGAACAUGACCGAGAAGAGAUUGAGACUGGAGGAAGUUCUACCCAUCCGAAGAAGCCAUGGUCCGAAACCUAUGGCAAGCCAACACCCGAGCCUAAAUCCAUUGAGGAACUGUUGGACCAAGCUGAAUCCGAUGAGCCACUCCCAGAACCUACAGAACCAGAGGACAGUGAGAAGCCAUUGAGCAAGACUCAUUCGCUCCUCGUGCACAUUGUCAAAUCAAUUCCACCCCACCUCUCCUCACCAUCACCAAAUCUCCGACGCUUCCUACUAUCCAUCCUCAUUAAUACGCUCCCGACACUAUCGCAGAACGAAAACAGUUUCCUCCCUCUCAUAAACGAUCUCUGGCCAUCGGUGGCCUCCAGAAUAAACUUCCCUUCAACACUCGGAAAUGGACCAUCCUCAACCAGCCUUGUGACUCAACCCUCUACCAGGCCCAGUCUUGCCUCUAGCCAACCCACCAACACCUUCCAGGAAGAAACAUUCGUGAUGAUAACUGCUUGCCAGGUCAUCGAAGCGAUGUGUAAAGGUGCAGGUGACUUCAUGUCCACGCGCAUUGAAACGGAGUUCUCACGCUGGGAACGUCUGUACAAACGAGUUUGGACAAAGGUAUCCCAAGAUGCCGAAGCAGCAAACAAGCGUCGUACUCAGAAGGCCAAAGUCGGACCAGUAUCUCUGAUCCGAGAAAUUGCACUUGAGCCCGAACCCAAGGAUCUGGAGCCAGAGGAUGAACUAAAUUUUUCAAUCACCUCUUCUCUCGCUCUAUCUCCUAUACAAGCCGGAUCCCGAGCUUUCACACCAGAGCAUGCUCUAUGGCGUGCUUUAGUCUCCCUCUUCCUCACAGUCCUCACGCGUGUUCGUGUGUCGCAAGACGUCGGCGACUGUAUCUGCGAGAUGCUCGGUGCUUGGAUAUCACAGUUCAUUGGUCCAGCGUAUUAUUCGUAUUAUUCACAGGAUUCUCGACGAAGUGGAUCUACUUUGAAGACUGACGAGGCACAAAAGGAUGUGAUUGAUUCUGUUGAAAAGGCUAUUCAAGCGAUGGAGACGUGGAAUGCUGACCUGACCUGGUUCAUCUUUGCACGCGAGAGAUCCAAGAUGGACACCUCUAUUCCCAAAGCUACGACUUCACCUAUGACCUUGGACGUCUCGGGCGAACGUCUCAAGUUCGCCAAUUUAGCAUUUUAG